AUGGCAAGCUUGGGAAGAGGUGGCGGCUCUGCUUGGGCUCCGAGCGAAACCCACACAAAUCCAGAUGACUUUGAGAAUUCUACGAGGACAACGACAACCGACGACGCCGCCGCCAAACUCUUGACCACCGUUUCAGAGGUUCAAGGACAAUCAAAAUGGCGAACAACAGAUUGCAAUACCGGAGACGGAACCCACUUGAUCCGACAUUGGAAACACGAUAUUGAUGGUUUUUUGCUCUACAGGUACAACACGCGGUCCAACAAGGUCCGCAUCAUCAAGACCCCCGGCGGCGAGCUCCGGUACCUCCACAUCAAGAAGAAGGGCACUGCUCCCAAGUGCGGUGACUGUGGCAUCAAGCUCCCAGGUAUCCCUGCCCUCCGCCCCCGCGAAUACUCCCAGAUCUCCCGCCCCAAGAAGACCGUCAGCCGUGCCUAUGGUGGUUCCCGCUGCGCCGGCUGCGUCAAGGACCGCAUUGUCCGUGCUUUCCUGAUCGAGGAGCAGAAGAUCGUCAAGAAGGUCCUCAAGGAGUCUCAGGAGAAGGCCGCUGGCAAGCGCUAA